CGCCGCUGCCAGGGACGUGCUGGUCAAACCGAAGCCCCGGGAGAAGAUGCCGGCCAUCCUGGUCGCCUCCAAGAUGAAGUCGGGACUGCCCAAACCCGUGCACAGCGCCGCGCCCAUCCUGCACGUGCCCCCGGCCCGCGCUGGCCCCCAGCCCUGCUACCUCAAGUUGGGAAGCAAGGUGGAGGUGAGCAAGACGGCCUAUCCUGGCCAGACCCCCCUGAAACCGCAGGGGCUGCAGGAGCCGGCGGGGCAGGGGCCCCCGCUGCGGAAGAGCGGCUCGGUGGAAAACGGGUUCGAUACCCAGAUCUACACGGACUGGGCCAAUCAUUAUCUGGCCAAAUCCGGCCACAAGCGUCUCAUCAAGGAUCUGCAGCAAGAUGUGACGGAUGGCGUCCUCCUGGCCCAGAUCAUCCAGGUUGUAGCAAAUGAAAAGAUUGAAGACAUCAAUGGCUGUCCGAAGAACAGAUCGCAAAUGAUUGAAAACAUAGAUGCCUGCUUGAAUUUCCUGGCAGCGAAGGGGAUCAACAUCCAGGGGCUGUCUGCAGAAGAAAUCAGGAAUGGAAACCUCAAGGCCAUUCUAGGCCUCUUCUUCAGCCUCUCCCGCUACAAGCAACAGCAGCAGCAACCGCAGAAGCAACACCUCUCCUCGCCUCUGCCACCUGCCGUGUCCCAGGCGACCGGGGCUCCCUCCCAGUGCCAGGCUGGUGCCCCUCAGCAACAGGUGCCAGCUACUCCCCUAGCCCCGUGCCAGCCUCACCAGCCAGCGCCACAUCAGCAGUCAAAAGCACAAGCCGAAAUGCAAUCCAGUGCGUCACCCAAGGACUCAUCUCAAAGCAAAAUCAUCCGCUUCACUCUGGGUCAGAAAAAGAUCUCUAGACUUCCAGGUCCUACCGCGAGAGUGUCCGCUGCAGGCAGUGAGGCCAAAACACGCGGAGGAUCAGCCACUGCUAACAACCGACGCAGCCAGAGCUUUAACAACCAUGACAAGUCCAAGCCAGUCACCUCCCCACCCCCGCCACCGCCACCAGGCAGCCACGACAAAGAGCCAUUGGCAAGCUCCAUCUCUCCCCAGCCCGGGAUGAGCGAAAAUGUACCCGCUUCCUUGGAGAGCAGCGGCAGCCCCAGCCCCGCUAGCUGUACCUCCUCUGCCAUCCCCCAGCCUGGUGUGGCCUCCAAGCCGUGGCGCAGCAAGUCCCUCAGCGUGAAGCACAGCGCCACAUCGUCCAUGCUCUCGGUCAAGCCGUCCGGGCCCGAGGUCCCCAGGCCCACGCCCGAGGCCGUGAAGCCAGCCCCCAACAAUCAGAAAUCCAUGCUGGAAAAGCUAAAGCUUUUCAACAGUAAAGGGGCUUCCAAGGCAGGCGAGGGCCCGGGCUCCCGGGACACGAGCUGUGAGCGCCUGGAGAUCCUGCCCAGCUUUGAAGAGAGCGCAGAGCUGGAGGCUGCUGGCCGCGCGCUCUCGGCCGCGGGCGCCGCGUCCAGCAGCCCCAAGAUUGCUCUCAAGGGCAUCGCCCAGAGGACUUUCAGCCGGGCGCUGACCAACAAGAAGGGUUCCCCGAAAGGCAAUGAGAAAGAGAAAGAGAAGCAGCAGCGGGAGAAGGAGAAGGAGAAAGGCAGGGACCUCGCCAAGAGGGCGUCUGUGACCGAGAGGCCGGACUUCCGGGAGGAGCCCAGGGAGGAGCCCAGCGGUGCGGCCGUGACCGAGAUGCCGAAAAAGUCCUCCAAGAUCGCCAGCUUCAUCCCCAAAGGGGGCAAGCUCAGCAGUGCCAAGAAGGAGGCCACGGCCUCUUCCCACAGUGGGAUACCAAAACCGGGGAUGAAGAGCACACCCGGCAAGUCCCCAAGUGCCCCUGCGCCGUCCAAGGAAGGGGAGCGCAGCCGCAGCGGGAAGCCGAGCUCGGGGCUCCCGCCGCCCAAGCCCCAGCUGGACGGCAGACACUCCAGCUCCUCCUCCAGCCUGGCCUCCUCGGAGGGCAAAGGCCCGGGAGGGACCCCGCUGAACCACAGCAUCAGCAGCCAGACCGUCAGCGGGUCCGUCGGGACCACCCAGACCACGGGAAGCAAUACUGUCAGUGUUCAGCUACCUCAGCCCCAGCAGCAAUACAGCCACCCCAACACUGCCACGGUCGCGCCUUUCCUGUACAGGUCCCAGACGGACACCGAAGGGAAUGUGACUGCCGAGUCCAGCUCAGCAGGUGUGAGCCUGGAGCCCAGCCACUACACCAAGAGUGGACAGCCUGCCCUGGAAGAGCUCACUGGGGAAGACCCCGAGGCUCGGCGGCUGCGGACAGUGAAGAACAUCGCUGACCUGCGGCAGAAUUUGGAGGAGACCAUGUCCAGUUUACGGGGAACUCAGGUUACACACAGCACAUUGGAAACCACAUUUGACACCAACGUGACCACGGAGAUAAGUGGCCGCAGCAUCCUCAGCUUGACGGGGAGGCCCACUCCUCUGUCCUGGAGACUUGGCCAGUCCAGCCCUCGGCUCCAAGCAGGAGAUGCCCCCUCGAUGGGCAGUGGGUACCCACCUCGGGCCAACGCCAGCCGGUUCAUCAACACCGAGUCAGGCCGCUGCGCAUACUCUGCACCUCUGAGAAGGCAGCUGGCGUCCAGGGGCAGCAGCAUCUGCCACGUGGACAUGUCCGACAAGGCGGGGGAGGACGUGGACCUGGAAGGCAUCAGCGUGGACGCCCCCGGCUACAUGAGCGACGGGGAUGUUCUGAGCAAGAACAUCCGGACUGAUGACAUUACAAGCGGGUACAUGACCGAUGGCGGGCUCGGCCUGUACACACGGCGCCUGAACCGGCUGCCUGAUGGGAUGGCUGUGGUGCGGGAGACGCUGCAACGCAACACCUCCCUGGGCCUUGGAGAUGCAGACAGCUGGGAUGACAGCAGCUCCGUGAGCAGCGGCAUCAGCGACACCAUAGACAACCUCAGCACCGAUGACAUCAACACCAGCUCCUCCAUCAGCUCCUACGCCAACACACCUGCCUCCUCUCGCAGAAACCUGGACGUGCAGACAGAUGCAGAGAAGCACUCCCAGGUGGAGAGGAACUCGCUGUGGUCAGGUGAUGACGUCAAGAAAUCAGACGGAGGGUCAGACAGCGGCAUAAAGAUGGAGCCAGCUUCCAAGUGGAGGCGCAAUCCUUCCGAUGUGUCCGACGAGUCUGACAAGAGCACAUCGGGCAAGAAGAAUCCCGUCAUCUCGCAGACGGGCUCGUGGCGGAGGGGCAUGAGCGCACAGGUGGGCAUCACCAUGCCGAGGACGAAGCCGGCUGCCCCAGCGGGCACGCUGAAGACCCCAGGCACAGGGAAAACGGACGACGCAAAGGUGUCUGAGAAAGGAAGACUCUCGCCCAAAGCCUCGCAGGUGAAGCGCUCCCCAUCAGACGCCGGUCGCAGCAGCGGCGAUGAAUCCAAAAAGCCCCUUGCCAGCAGCUCCAGAACGCCCACUGCCAACGCCAACAGCUUUGGGUUCAAGAAGCAGAGCGGUUCGGCCGCCGGGCUGGCCGUGAUCACAGCCAGCGGGGCCACUGUCACCAGCCGGUCAGCCACGCUGGGCAAAAUCCCCAAGUCCUCCGCGCUGGUGGGUCGAUCUGCUGGUCGGAAGGCGAGCAUGGAUGGGGCCCCAAAUCAGGACGAUGGGUAUCUGUCCCUCAGCUCCCGGACAAACCUGCAGUACCGGAGCCUGCCCAGGCCCAGUAAAUCCAACAGCCGCAACGGGGCCGGGAACCGGUCUAGUACCAGCAGCAUCGAUUCCAACAUCAGCAGCAAGUCGGCAGGCCUGCCGGUGCCCAAGCUGAGGGAGCCCUCCAAGACGGCCCUCGGCAGCUCUCUGCCUGGCCUCGUCAACCAGACGGACAAGGAGAAAGGCAUCUCAUCAGACAACGAGAGCGUAGCCUCCUGUAACUCGGUGAAAGUGAACCCAGCAGCUCAGCCCGUGUCCGGCUCAGCUCAGGCCACUCUGCAGCCAGGGGCCAAAUACCCAGAUGUGGCCUCUCCCACGCUCCGCAGACUCUUCGGUGGGAAGCCUACCAAGCAAGGGCCCAUCGCCACGGCUGAAAACAUGAAAAACUCGGUGGUCAUCUCGAACCCUCACGCCACCAUGACCCAGCACGGCUCCCUGGACUCGCCCUCGGGCAGCGGCGUCCUGAGCAGCGGCGGCAGCAGCCCUCUCUACAGCAAGAACAUGGACCUCAACCAGUCUCCUCUAGCCUCCAGCCCCAGCUCCGCCCACUCAGGCCCCUCCAACAGCCUCACGUGGGGCACCAGUGCCAGCAGCUCCUCGGCCGUCAGCAAGGACGGCCUGGGCUUCCAGUCUGUCAGCAGCCUCCACACCAGCUGUGAGUCCAUUGACAUCUCCCUCGGCAGCGGAGGGGGCCUGAGCCACAACUCCUCCACGGGCCUGCUCAGCUCCUCCAAGGACGACUCCUUGACUCCCUUUGUCAGAACCAACAGUGUGAAGACCACACUGUCAGAAAGCCCUCUCUCUUCCCCUGCUGCUAGCCCUAAGUUCUGCAGAAGUACCUUGCCCAGGAAACAGGACAGUGACCCGCACCUUGAUAGGAACACUUUGCCUAAGAAAGGACUCAGGUAUACUCCCGCCUCCCAGCUUCGCACGCAAGAAGACGCAAAAGAAUGGUUACGGUCCCACUCUGCUGGAGGCCUCCAGGACACUGCUGCCAAUUCCCCUUUCUCCUCCGGCUCCAGUGUAACUUCUCCCUCCGGAACGAGAUUCAACUUUUCCCAGCUCGCAAGUCCCACCACUGUCACCCAGAUGAGCUUGUCCAACCCAACCAUGCUGAGGACCCACAGCCUCUCCAAUGCUGACGGGCAGUACGACCCAUACACCGACAGCCGCUUCCGGAACAGCUCCAUGUCCUUGGAUGAGAAGAGCAGAACCAUGAGCCGUUCCGGCUCAUUCCGAGAUGGGUUUGAAGAAGUUCAUGGAUCCUCGCUCUCCUUGGUUUCCAGCACGUCAUCCAUUUAUUCUACGCCGGAAGAAAAGUGCCAGUCGGAGAUUCGCAAACUUCGGCGGGAGCUGGAUGCCUCCCAAGAAAAGGUGUCAGCAUUGACGACGCAGCUGACGGCAAAUGCCCACCUGGUGGCAGCUUUUGAACAGAGUCUGGGGAACAUGACCAUCAGGCUCCAGAGUUUGACCAUGACAGCUGAGCAGAAGGAUUCAGAACUGAAUGAGUUAAGGAAAACUAUUGAGCUGCUAAAGAAACAGAACGCAGCUGCCCAGGCUGCCAUUAAUGGAGUAAUUAACACGCCAGAGCUCAACUGCAAAGGAAACGGCGCCUCCCAGGCUUCAGACCUCCGCAUCCGCAGGCAGCACUCCUCCGACAGCGUCUCCAGCAUCAACAGCGCCACCAGCCACUCCAGCGUGGGCAGCAACAUAGAGAGUGACUCCAAGAAAAAGAAGAGAAAGAACUGGUUACGCAGCUCCUUCAAGCAAGCUUUCGGAAAGAAGAAGUCCCCCAAGUCGGCAUCCUCGCAUUCAGACAUAGAGGAGAUGACGGACUCAUCACUGCCUUCCUCGCCGAAGCUGCCGCACAACGGGUCCACGGGCUCCACUCCGCUGCUGCGGAACUCUCACUCCAACUCCCUAAUUUCAGAGUGCAUGGACAGUGAGGCCGAGACAGUCAUGCAGCUCCGGAAUGAGCUGAGAGACAAGGAGAUGAAGCUGACAGACAUCCGCCUGGAAGCCCUCAGCUCCGCCCACCAGCUCGACCAGCUCCGGGAGGCCAUGAACAGGAUGCAGAGUGAAAUAGAGAAGCUGAAGGCUGAGAAUGACCGGCUGAAGUCCGAGUCUCAAGGCAGUGGCUGCAGCCGGGCCCCCUCCCAGGUGUCCAUCUCUGCCUCCCCGAGGCAGUCCAUGGGCCUCUCCCAACACAGUCUGAACCUCACCGAGUCAACCAGCCUGGACGUGUUGCUGGAUGACACUGGUGAAUGCUCGGCUCGGAAGGAAGGAGGCAGGCAUGUUAAGAUAGUUGUCAGCUUUCAGGAGGCAAUGAAGUGGAAGGAGGACUCCAGACCACACCUCUUUCUUAUUGGCUGCAUUGGAGUCAGUGGCAAGACGAAGUGGGAUGUGCUCGAUGGGGUGGUUAGACGCCUGUUCAAAGAGUACAUCAUUCACGUGGACCCGGUGAGUCAGCUAGGGCUGAAUUCUGACAGUGUCCUGGGCUAUAGCAUUGGCGAAGUCAAGCGCAGCAACACUUCGGAAACGCCAGAGCUGCUCCCCUGUGGCUAUCUGGUGGGCGAGAACACCACCAUCUCCGUCACUGUCAAAGGCCUGGCAGAGAACAGCCUGGACUCGCUGGUGUUCGAGUCCUUGAUCCCCAAGCCCAUCCUGCAGCGCUACGUGUCCCUGCUGACGGAGCACCGGCGGAUCAUCCUCUCCGGCCCCAGCGGCACCGGGAAAACCUACCUGGCCAACCGACUGUCCGAGUACAUGGUGCUGCGAGAGGGCCGGGAGCUGACGGAUGGGGUCAUUGCCACCUUUAACGUGGACCACAAGUCCAGCAAGGAGCUGCGCCAGUACCUGUCCAACCUGGCUGAUCAGUGCAACAGUGAGAACAACGCCGUGGACAUGCCGCUUGUCAUCAUCUUGGACAACCUGCAUCACGUCGGCUCUCUGGGCGAGAUCUUCAACGGGCUGCUCAACUGCAAGUACCACAAAUGCCCUUACAUCAUUGGCACAAUGAACCAGGCUACCUCUUCUACCCCCAACCUGCAGCUUCAUCAUAACUUCAGGUGGGUGCUCUGUGCCAACCACACGGAGCCCGUGAAAGGUUUCCUGGGCCGGUUCCUGAGGAGGAAGCUCAUGGAGACGGAGAUCAGCGGGCGGGUGCGGAACGUGGAGCUGGUCAAGAUCAUCGACUGGAUCCCCAAGGUCUGGCAUCACCUCAACCGCUUCCUGGAGGCGCACAGCUCCUCCGACGUCACCAUCGGGCCCAGGCUCUUCCUGUCCUGCCCCAUCGACGUGGAUGGCUCGCGGGUGUGGUUCACCGACCUGUGGAACUACUCCAUCAUCCCCUACCUCCUGGAAGCCGUGCGAGAGGGACUCCAGCUGUAUGGAAGGCGCACUCCCUGGGAGGAUCCCGCCAAGUGGGUGAUGGACACGUACCCGUGGGCUGCCAGCCCGCAGCAGCACGAGUGGCCUCCCCUGCUGCAGCUCCGGCCUGAGGACGUCGGCUUCGAUGGCUACUCCAUGCCUCGGGAGGGCUCAGCAAGCAAACAAGUGCCCCCCAGCGACGCCGAAGGAGACCCGCUGAUGAACAUGCUGAUGAGGCUGCAGGAGGCCGCCAACUACUCCAGCCCCCAGAGCUACGACAGCGACUCCAACAGCAACAGCCAUCAGGACGACUUCCUGGACUCGUCCCUGGAGUCCACUCUGUGACGGGCUCGGCUCUGGAGCCUGCCGUCUCCUCUCCUCCUCGCCCUGCCCCACCUGCAUCCCCCACGUUAUCCCGAAGAUGACUUCCUGAGCCAGCCCCCCAGCCGCAGCCUCGGAGCUGCAGGAUCCCGGGACCCCUCGUCCCCCUGCCUCGCUCGCGUGCUGGUGUCCCGGGCGGGCCGGCCGCCUGGGGCCCACCUUACUUCCACAGCGAGGACUGCACUACUUUCUGUUCUCCUUCAGUUAUUGUUUUGCCUUGUUGCUGUGAGCGCCCUAAAACACUGAGGAUGCUUCUCGGGAAGGGGCCAUCCCCGCUGAGCUGGAAAGAACCCGCCCGAAGCUCUGAAAUCAAACCGCACUCUGCCAUGAGCUGCCCAGAGAUGGGAGAGGCUGGGGCAAAGUUGGAAAUGGAGACGGCGUGGCUCCUCUCACUUCAGACCCUGGGGUCUCGCUGCCGGCGCCGGCCUCAGAGAGAUCUGGUGCUAACCCGGGCGCUUGCUUUGGUCUUGCUCCGUGUACUACAGAGCUGCGAUGCAGGAAACCCUUAGGAGAAGAGAAAUCGUGCUUUUUUUUUUUUUUUUUUUUUUUUUAUUUUUCACUUUUUUUAAAUGGUGCUCUCCUUGCUCGAGAGGUAUUUUGCCUGUUCCAGUUCAGCCCUUUGCAGGCCCCUGAGCCUCCGAUUACCCCGUGAGAGUGAGUGGAGGAGUGAGAAUGUGGGCGGCAGGUGCGGCCGCCCGUGCAGACCUGCAUGUGUGUUUCCCUAUCAUGUCGCGAUGAAUCAGGUUUUGUUUUUGCUAACACUGUGUAUAGUGAGAACUGUUCUACUUCAGAGAACCGAUCACCCCUUUCCAAUGAGGUUGAGUGUCUCCGUUUCUGACUUAUUGAUUUUAAAGACUAUUUUUUUUUUCUUCUCUCCUUCCUCUCUUGGUCAGAAUCGAUCCUUUGGUGAAAGUAGAAGCCACAGGAGUUGAGUUUUGGUUUGGUCCUGCUCCAUUUUGGUUUUUAGUUGUCCAGCCUCACGGUUCUACACACUCGCCCCCGUUACUGGGCCUCGAGGGCCGAGAAUGUGUGUGGACACCUCAGGCCUCCCGGCCCCAGCUGCUCCCAGUGGGGUGGUGAGGUUGCCUCGCAAAAACCUUGCACUUUUCCUCAGACCCAGCGGGACCCGCGACCCGAGGCAGCUCAGCCAGGGAGCUCUGCCCUAGCCCCCUCCGCCCCAGCCCCCACCUCCGUCCAGUCCAGACGAGCCUUGCCCGACGUCUUCGGUGCUGACCUCCCCAAAGCGAUGCCUUACUGGUUUUGUACUAACCAUGUUCAUUUACGUGAGUGUUGUUGUGCCUGCGUGGGGUUUUUGGUUUGGUUUUGUUUUCCCAUCAAAGCAAACAGGGCUAAAAAAAAAAAAAAAAAAAGUCAUCCGUUCAUUAGGAGAACUCAAAUUGCUGUGACUUUUCUCAUCCAAAAGACUCAUUUGUAUGGCUGCAUGACCGUGGGGAAAAAACAAAUAAGGAUCCAUGUUUCAGUUCAUAGCAGUCUCCAGCUGAGAGCCUGGCUGGCUGGUGGUGUGCCCCACGCAGGUCUCCAUGACAUCAUCGCUGUCCCUGCCUAAGGGAGACCCCGCGUGCCGUGGCUUCAUCCUCACCGUGGUAGAUCUGUGAGUUGUUUCUGUUUUGCAAAGAGAAUCUCAGCUCCCACGAGGGCGUCUCCGUCACUGAUCAGGGUUUUUAUUCCAUGUCCGUGCUUCUGUUCCUGAAGAUUUGUCUCUUGGCAUCUUUUCCUACCGUACGACCUUGACCUGAAACUCCUCACAUCCACUGGAGAGCGUGUCCACCAGUGGGUGGAGAGAAAGCCUUUCAACACAGACCCCGCCCUAUGCUCAGACUCCGCCCAGCUCCCUGCGGCUCUGGGUGUGAGCAGGUCUUGUUCUCUUGAUUUUUUUUAACAAAACAUCCAAACCCUAUGUUUAGCCUGUGACGGGAGUGGAAGAGGGGAGCACAAACCCUGAGCCUUCUGGUAAACCCCAAGGGUGGCGGGUCUCUGACCCCGUGUCUCCCAGCUAUGACCUGAUGCUCUUGUACUGUGAAUUGGGAGGGAGGAAGAAUUCCCUCCUCCCCGUGGGCAGGUGUCCCUGUCACCUUGUGAGUUGACACCUGCCAGUGUUGUCUGAGGUUGUUUUCUUCCCACGCCUUCCCUUUCUCUGCUCCCAUCCCCAUUCAUCCCUCUCACCUCACCGGGUCCAGCUCGGAAGCCAGACCCGCGGACCUGGUGCUGCCUGGUUGGUGGACAGCGAUUCCAAGUAGCCCCCGUGCGAUUCACAACUCAGUGUCCUUCCUAAAGUUCGGGCAGCAGGGUUGUCUAACGUGCACAUGUCUCACGUGGGUCAUCUUUUUAGUUCAGUUUGUCACUCACCUUUGACAAAGUGGCUUUGAACUCCUUUAGGGCUCUGUCUGAAAUGCUUCCAUUUUGCCUUGUCCUACAGUGAGGCGGAUUUAGAAAUGUCUGAAAUUCUAUGCAACAUUUAUGUUGAGCUACCGAUGGAAGCCAAAAGUUUUCUUCCCAAGCUGCCAAGACUUCUACGGGCCAUAAUGAAAUGGGAAUGCCUUUUUAUUAAGGUGGGGGAGGUGGGAGGGCAGGGUGGGAGUGGGACAAGGAACGUGACCUGUCUCGACUUGCGUUGUACCUUGGGGACAUUGUAUUGUUUGAUGCGUACACUUCAGAAUUCUGUGUAUUCCAGUCUGUGGUGAAUCUACUUCAAAAGGAAAAAUAAUCCAACUUUGUGGAUACCGAGUGGAAGGUUUGCUGUUUUGACCUGGUUGUUCCCAGUGGAGCAGUUUAUGAAAUAUGUUCUAUAAGAUGUACAUUUUUUCAUUGUAACAUAGAAAUUGUAAAUAAUUAAAGUGCUGCAUUUUGAUGAAUUUUUUCUAGCCAUUUUUAAAGAGAAAACUAGGAAUCCAGUAUUUUGUGUACGGUCUUGUUUCCUUCCUUACUCCCCGCCUCCCUCCCUCCCUCCCUAUUUAAUUUUCAUUUGUCAUGAGGGUUUUUGGAUUUGCCAGUGAUCUGCUGGAGAUCAGGCUCCAUGUCCUGGAGAAUAAAGCUGAUGAUUGUACCCAUCUUAAAUUAUUCAUGAUUCAAUAAAAUCGAUGCUUAUUUAUUCA